UCGAUCCUUUUACCCGCUAAUCUCGUCCCGCAGAUGACAGCCACCCUUAUCACAGACUACAACACACACCGGUCUGCAACAGCCCAAGCGGCGUCUAACCUUAUCCGCUGCGUGGGCGCGGGAGCAGACACAGCGUCGUUCGAACCCCUCAUCCGCGCGAUCGGUUCUGGUUGGGCGUUCGCGAUCUACGCCAUCCUGGUCCUGCUCCAGGUGCCGUUGAUCUGGGAAUUGAAGAGGAACGGCAUGGCCUGGAGGAGCAGGAAUAAGUGA